AUGUUGGAUGAACUUCCGUGUCUAUGGAAUAGACUAUUUGGCGAAUCAACCAAAUAUUCCUCCGGAUAUAAUCGGAAGUUACUAAACAGAGCUAUUGAAAUCGAACGCUUAAAUCUACAAAUAAAUAAAGACCUGCAACAUAAUAGUUUUGAACCCGAACAUUAUAGUUUUAAACGAAUUUUAGGACUAAUAUUAGAUAGCAAUGAUCCUGAACUUGUAGAAAAUGCACUGGACGCGUUACUGAGGUUGCGCGAAGAACUCAUCGUUCGUUAUUCUCCUACGUCAAGUAAUAUAAACAUACAGGGAACUUUUAAGGAUGUAUCUGAUGAGUAUGGCUUCGAGCAGAUGCUGGAAAACUCCAUUAAAAUGAUAAUAGUUGAUCACUUUAACAGGAAGAUUAAGGACACACAUCAGGAAUUUAUCGCACAACCUGACGAAGUUUCAAAUGUUGCAAUCAUAAAUGAAUUCAUCGGGGUAAUUUCGGAAUUAAAGAGCUUGGUAAAAAAUAUCAAAUCUGCGAUCGCAAAUAUAGAGAAGACCAACAGAAGAGCAGAAGAGGUGGAAAGGAGGCAAAAUGUAGUGGAAGAAUGUUUGAAAUUUCUGGAAGAUUACGAUUCUGAUGAGUGA